AUACAUAAAAACAUGGAGGCCACGGUAUUUUCUUUUAAAGAAUGAUGGCACAUUCAUUGGCUACAAGGAGCGACCGCAGGAUGUUGACCAACGGGAAUCACCUUUAAAUAACUUCUCAGUAGCUCAGUGCCAGCUGAUGAAGACAGAACGACCUAAACCAAACACAUUUAUCAUUAGAUGCCUCCAGUGGACCACAGUAAUUGAAAGAACAUUUCAUGUGGAGACUCCAGAGGAGCGGGAAGAAUGGACAAAAGCCAUCCAAACAGUAGCAGACAGCCUCAAGAAACAAGAGGAAGAGAUGAUGGAUUUUAGAUCUGGCUCUCCCAGUGAUAAUUCAGGUGCUGAAGAAAUGGAAGUUUCUAUGACAAAGCCAAAACACAAAGUGACCAUGAAUGAGUUUGAAUACCUUAAACUAUUGGGAAAAGGCACUUUUGGAAAGGUCAUUUUAGUUAAAGAAAAAGCAACCGGACGAUAUUAUGCUAUGAAAAUUCUGAAGAAGGAAGUUAUUGUAGCAAAGGAUGAAGUAGCACACACGCUGACAGAAAACCGUGUUUUACAGAACUCACGGCAUCCAUUCUUAACAGCUUUAAAGUAUUCCUUUCAGACACAUGAUCGCUUGUGUUUUGUUAUGGAGUAUGCUAAUGGAGGAGAGUUGUUUUUCCACCUGUCAAGAGAGCGUGUCUUUUCUGAAGACCGGGCUCGGUUUUAUGGAGCUGAGAUUGUUUCAGCACUGGAUUACCUGCAUUCAGAGAAGAAUGUGGUUUAUAGAGAUUUGAAGUUGGAAAACCUUAUGCUGGAUAAAGAUGGGCACAUAAAAAUAACAGACUUUGGGCUAUGUAAAGAGGGCAUAAAGGAUGGAGCAACAAUGAAGACUUUCUGUGGCACUCCAGAGUAUCUUGCACCAGAGGUGCUGGAAGAUAAUGACUAUGGUCGUGCAGUGGACUGGUGGGGUUUAGGAGUUGUGAUGUAUGAAAUGAUGUGUGGCCGGCUCCCCUUCUACAAUCAGGAUCACGAAAAGCUCUUUGAACUCAUCCUAAUGGAGGAGAUUAGAUUUCCACGCACUUUGUCACCUGAAGCAAAAUCUCUCUUGUCAGGUUUGCUGAAGAAAGAUCCUAAGCAAAGGUUAGGUGGCGGUCCUGAUGAUGCCAAGGAGAUUAUGCAGCACAAAUUCUUUGCUGGCAUUGUUUGGCAAGAUGUAUACGAGAAAAAGCUUGUACCUCCAUUUAAGCCACAAGUUACAUCUGAAACAGAUACAAGAUAUUUUGAUGAAGAAUUUACAGCACAGAUGAUAACAAUCACUCCUCCUGACCAAGAUGACAGCAUGGAUUGUGUAGAUAACGAGAGAAGACCUCAUUUUCCUCAGUUCUCCUAUUCAGCCAGUGGAACCGCUUAAUGUUUUGCAAUGUUUUCCCAUUCAGAAAAAAAAAGAGACUGCAUUUUGGGGACCUUACUUCAAUGGACACUAGAGAACUUUCUAUAUUAUCUGAAUUACAAACUGUGUUUGUAUUACGAUUUAGAUGAAUUUGUAGGAAGCCUCACAGAUUCUGUAUUUAAAACAAUUCUUUGAUGCAUUUUUGAGAAGGAAAACAAAUCCAUUCUUAAAGUAUUAUGUCAAGGCUUUUAUGCUGAAUGACCAUAGGUUUUUAAGAAUAUACACCAAAACUGUUUACUUUAGAAAUAAUUAAGGUAUUCAACAUAUCAGCAACUCUGACCAGAAAAUCCCCUUAUUUUAUUUAUUUCAUACAGUUCAUUAUCUAAAUAUAGAAUCUGCACUCUGAACAAUUAGAUUUAUAUAGGAAGAUAUAAGACUUUAGUAGCUAGUGCAAUAAUGUAAGCAACAAAGUGAACAAACUCUGGAGGGUUAAGGUUCAAACUCAUUUUGGACAGCAGUGAAGUGUCAUCCAACUCCAGAAAACCAACUAUAGGAACAGCAUUAAUGGCCUCAGUGAGGUAAAUCAAAAAGCAAAAGUUAUUUUUGUUAUAACAUCUGCUACAAGACAUUACAUAUCA